UUGAUGCUACGAUCCGGAAAAGCAGCGAGUUGCAGCGAAACGCGUUGACUGUACAGUGUGGAGGAGAGGAGGAACGAGGAUGAUGGGAGCGAAUCGUAUUCCACUCAAGUGACCCAUAUCUUACAGUAGACCCAGAUAUUAUUUAGCCUACUUCUUGUUCUCGAGGAUUUUUCUCCGUGAAGAUGUCGGCGUCAGCGAUAUUUAUCCUGGACCUGAAGGGAAAGGUUCUGAUUUGCCGUAACUACAUGGGAAACAUGGACAUAAAUGUGAUCGACCAGUUCAUGCCCAUUCUGAUGAAGAGAGAAGAAGACGCUGAGAUGACGCCGCUGAUCAGCCAUGGCUCCGCACACUUCAUGUGGAUCAAACACAACAACCUUUACUUGGUGGCAAUCACUAAGAAGAAUGCUAAUGCUGCUCUCGUGUACUCCUUCCUUUAUAAAAUAGUACAGGUAUUUAAGGAGUACUUUAAGGAGCUUGAGGAGGAGAGCAUUCGCGACAACUUUGUGACGGUGUACGAACUGAUGGACGAGGUGAUGGAUUUUGGGUUCCCUCAGACGACUGAGAGCAAGAUCCUACAAGAGUACAUUACACAGCAGGGCCAUAAGUUAGAGGUGAGUGCCAGUGGCAGUGUCCUGCGCAGUGAAAUAGUGGGUAGCAUCAAGCUCAAAGUGGUCCUGUCAGGGAUGCCUGAACUUCGACUGGGCCUCAAUGACAAAGUGCUGUUUGAGCUCACAGGCAGAGAGAAGAGCAAGACAGUGGAGCUGGAGGAUGUGAAGUUUCAUCAGUGUGUCCGUCUGUCACGCUUUGAGAACGACCGCACCAUCUCUUUCAUCCCCCCUGACGGCGAGAGCGAGCUCAUGUCCUACCGCCUCAACACUACAGUGAAGCCUCUCAUAUGGAUUGAGAGUGUGAUUGAGAAGUUCUCUCACAGCCGCGUGGAGAUCAAGGUUAAGGCUAAAAGUCAGUUUAAGAGCCGCUCCACUGCCAACAACGUGUCCAUUCUGGUGCCGGUGCCCAGUGAUGCUGACUCACCCAAGUUCAAGACCAGCACAGGCAGCGCCAAGUGGGUGCCUGAGAAGAAUGUGGUGCAGUGGAACAUCAAAUCUUUCCCUGGGGGUAAGGAGUACGUGAUGCGAGCACACUUUGGGCUGCCCAGCGUGGAGAGCGACGAGCUUGAGGCAAAGAGACCAAUCACAGUUAAUUUUGAGAUACCCUAUUUCACUGUGUCUGGGAUUCAGGUGCGCUACCUAAAGAUCAUAGAGAAGAGUGGUUACCAGGCGUUGCCAUGGGUGCGCUACAUCACGCAAAGUGGAGAUUACCAGCUCCGGACGAACUAAAGGGCACAGACGCUGCUAGACGAAUGGAUAUUUUCUUUCUCUGUCUGUCUUCGUCUCGCCUCCAUUUCUCCAGAUUCCUCUCUGCAGCGGACAGCAGAGGACAAGUGCAGGAGGACAAUUUUUUUUCCUUCCCCUUACACUGAAUGGCAACAGGACGUCAUCCCUUCCUCUAAAACUAACUUGACUCAGACGGGAAAGUGUGGUGCAACACCUCUGACCUGUAAUUUCUAUUUCAGAUUCCUCCGGUCUUCAGUAAAGCGUAAAUAAUAAACUGAGCCUCACUCUAAAUGAACAUGGAGGGCUCAUUUAGAGUGAAGUUUCUGGACUCUUUUUUUUCUAGUUUUCUUAAGAAAGGGAAAAAAACAUGUUAUUGUAGUUUUCGAAACAUGGUCAAUUUGGGCUGCUCAGCUUGUCCAGUGGCUUUCUGCUGAGUACUAUGUAAUCUGACUGAUUAUGUAGUCCCAGUGUACAGCAGCUGUGAUUGUUUAUCACCACUUGUUAUUUCUCUAAGGGCCAUAAUGUUACAGACUGGUGAUUUUUCUCUAUAUUGAAAAAUGCCAAGUACUCAAGUUACAUGUGGUUCCAGGCAGGAUCUUAGCUUCAACACAAAAACAGUCAGCAUCUUUAACAUUCGUCUUUCUCAAUCACUCCUAUGACCCGUCCUUCAUAUUCAGUGGUUGAUUUUUGUCCUCUCGGAGCAUGUUUUUUUUCUAGAACCUUUGUGUGGCACGUUCAUUGCCCCCAAAAAUGCCUGCGUCUCAUCAGCCCUAGCACUGUGAACUCCAGUGCACUGAAAUUAACACCAGCAACCAGAUCAAUGAUUAAUAAGGCACAAUAUUGUCAGAGGCAUCGGCAGUGUAACGCGACACCGUCGACACACUCUCAUGGGGCCUGUAACCUUGUCCUUGUGCUCAAAAUCAGCUUCCAGCUCUGAGCACAUACUGAAGGAAUGAAAAAGGUGG